UCAGAAAAAAAACUAAAAACAGGUCAAAUGAAUGCAACUAUGUCAUCAGCGCUAACCAUCCAGUUUCUCAUGGUGGCUUGUAUGAUGGGGCUCGUUUUAAUAUCAUUUGGAGCUGAGGGGGCACCUUCAAAACAUCCUCAGAAGAAAGCAAACCACAGGUCAUCAGAAGAAUCGCAUCCAUCCUCAUCAUACCAGUUGAUCUUGGAUCCUGAGUUCAAAUCCUCAGCCAACCCGAUCCAUCCAAUCAACAACGACUCCAUCUCUCCAUGGACCUACACGUUUACACAUGAUGACAGCCUGUACCCUUCUAGCAUCGCAGAGGCGAAAUGUUCGCUGACUGGAUGUUUGCUAGAAGGCGCUGAGGAUUUCCAUUCCAAACCGAUUUACACCCAAAUCAUGGUCUUGAGGAAAAUUCGAGGAGAAAAGCAGAAUUACUCCUUAAAACUUGAGUACAAAACCAUUGCAGUGGGAUGCACCUGCGUUCGUCCAUAUGUACAACAUGUUUAA